AUGUCGAAUACUUCAGAUGUUAAAGGAGAAAUACCUGGUCAAUGGCUGAUAAGGCCAUGUGAAGAAUAUCAUGAAGAAUUAAGUCAUUGCCGAGGUUGGCUUGGUCGACUGCAGCAACGAUAUAUGUUCGGCGAAAAAGUAGAUUGUGCGCCCAUUGCUGAAGCACUUCAUCAUUGUAUGUUUUGGUUACAGCGAAAAGACGUUGAUUCAUUGAAAAAGUUGAUAUCGUAUGAAGAAGAUCGUCUGAUUCAUCGAAAAUUAUCAUUAGAAAAUAACGAUGUAUGGCAAAAGAGAAGUAAACCGCCGAGUGAUUGGAAUGCUCCUCUUCCAGAUUGGGCAAAAAAAAGAGCGGAGUCAGUUGGAAAACAACAAGAACAAAGACAAUCAUGA